AUUUACUUAUGUAUAUAAACAAAAAUGGAUGCAUUUAAUGAACCCUAUGUUUGUAAAGUCUGUAAAAAAUGUUUUGUAUUUAUAGAGAACUUUAAAAUGCACAUGAAAACGCAUCCUCCUAAAAACCCUUAUGUUUGUGAAGUGUGUGAAAAACGCUUUACACAAAUCAAUCAAUUAAAAACACACAUUAUAAGUCAUAGUGCAGAGAAACCUUAUGUUUGUGAAGUCUGUAAAAAAGGUUUUACACGAAAAAAUGCUUUAGAAUUGCACAUGAGAUUACAUACUGAGGAGAAACCAUACAUUUGUGAAGUGUGUCAGAAGUGCUAUGCACGAAAUGAUUCUUUGCAAAUGCACAGGAGAACACAUUCUGCAGAGAAACCUUAUGUUUGUGAAGUCUGUGAAAAAUCUUUUGGAUAUCGUGGUAGCUUACAAAUUCAUUUGAAAAUUCACACUAGAGAUAGGUCUUAUCUUUGUGAAGUAUGUAAAAAAUGUUUUGUACAAUAUAGAAAUUUAAAAGAACACAUGCUAAUACAUACUGUCAAGAAACCUCACAUCUGUGAAAUUUGUAAAAAAGGAUUUGCAGAUCCUUCUGGUUUAAAAAUUCAUCUGAAAAUGCAUGCUGGAGAAGAACCUUAUGUUUGUGAUGUGUGUGGAAAAGGCUUUACUCGAAAGGGUAAUUUAAAAAUACACAUGAUAAUACAUACUGUCACAAAACCAUACAUCUGUGAAGUUUGUAAAAAAGGAUUUGCAGACCCUUCUGGUUUAAAAAUUCAUCUGAGAACGCAUGCUGGAGAAGAACCUUAUGUUUGUGAUGUGUGUGAAAAAGGCUUUGCCCGAAAGGGUGAUUUAAAAGCACAUAUAAGAACACAUACUGGAGAGAAACCAUAUGUUUGUGAUGUCUGUGAAAAAAGCUUUUCAGGAACUAGUAACUUAAAAAAACAUAUGGCAACACAUUCUGCAGUUAAACCUUAUGUUUGUGAUAUGUGUAAAAAGUCUUUUGCACAUAUUAGUUAUUUAAGAAGACAUAUACAUGUACACAAUGCUUAAAAACCUUGUUUGUGAUGUGUGUGAAAAAAGCUUUUCAUGAAUGAGUAAGUACUAUAAAAACAUGCAUGGCAAUACAUACGGCAGAAAAACCUUAAGUUUAUGAAAUGAGAGUAAAUGUGUUUUACACACAUUUCACACAUUUUUUACUUGUGGUAGGACCUCUGGUGAGUCUGCACGGGUAGGUACCACCACCCUGCCUAUUUCUGCCAUGAAGCAGUAAUGCGUUUCAGUUUGAAGGGU